UGGUUUUCCAACUUUGAAAGUCAGGGACAGCAGUCGACCCCGUUCGCCGCCCCCGCCAUGACAUCCCGCUUCCGUGGCUCACGGAUGCUUUUGAGCGUCGGGGCCCUGGGCAUCGUUCUUUGGGCUUGCCCAAGGAGCUUCAUUUUCAGUGUGACUUCCCCCAGUCCACGAACACCCGAUUCUCCUGCAGUUCAGCGUGGCGCUCACUUCGGCGAAACAGUUGAGAGUUCACUUCCUUCGGCUUUCUCCUGCGGUGUCAUGCUGCUGGUGGCCCUGUCGGCGGCUCGACCCUCCGUGAACCUUCCUUCCGGACGUGGCAAGACGGGCAUCGCACGGCGAGCCAGUGGAAUCGUCGGAGGCCUUGAUGCAUUGAAGAAGGAACAGGAAGAAGAUGACGAGCAAAAGGAAGCCGGUGCAGCUGAUCCAAAGAUUGGGAAGUUUGACAUCAGUGACAUGGAUCAGUUUAUGGACAAAGACUUUGAGGAGACAGACUUGGAAGAAUACGCCAAACAACUUGCCCAAGAAGAGGCAGCAGACACCAAAGCCCGGCAGAUUCGCUAUGAGCUCUAUCCCUCCAAACAGUAUGUCCUGUAUUUGGCCAAGAAAAAUGCCAUCAAGACGUGGACCAGCGACGGCCCAGAUGGCAAGAAUCGUGGAUGUCUCGAGGUGCAAAUUGCUAUUGCCACCGAAAAGAUCCGCAACAUGAUUUUACACAUGCGUGAGUUCCGCAAGGACUACCGGUGCCGUUUGAAGCUCACGAGUUUGGUCUGCGCCCGACGCAGGAUGUUGGACAAAUUGGCGUCCAAGAACCUGGAUUCGUACAUGAAGAUCCGGGAGGAACUAAAGAUUCGCCAUGUCUACCGAAUCGAGGCUCUGAAAAAUCGUCUUGGAGCCUACAUGUAUCCCAUCAAGGAUCGGCCUGGUCGCCCUGGUCGCAAGACCUUGAAUCGGCUGAAGAAGGCGAAGCAGUUGAUGACGCGGCGCUUGGCGAAUCAGCUGCGCCAGGGACGUGAACACAAAAUCAUCCACCGCACUCAGAAGAAGUUGAACUUCCGCCGUUGGUUGGUUCGGGACUAUGAUGAAGUGAAAGGCUUUGAGAAGAAGAAGGAACUGGGGAAGUACGUGGAUCCUCUGAACCUGCCGUAGAGUCUCGUAGAGCUUCCAGCGACGACUAAGUCGGCACCAAAGGAAA